AUGGAUUUUAUUCUCUCGUUGACGCACUUCUGCGAAGUGCAUGGGCCGACCUCCAUCAUCUGCUCCCAGGUUCUGCCUUUCUCAUGUCCGCAAUGCCAUGAUCAUGAUGACUCUCCUCAAGGGACUCCCGUCUCACAGGAGUCCCGCUUCGACGACUCCCGCUCGCCAAAAUCCGGCUCCAAAUCCCCUCGGAUCGAGGAUUCACCCUACUUCUUACCACACCCGGUCUCCCCCGAGGACAAAUCCAACCGCAGUGGCGUAAAUGGUGACACCUGUGCCAGUUGCAGUCUAUCCCUGCCGGAGGAUGUAAGCCGACAAAUUCCUCCCGGGGCACCAGGCAGUCGCGACGCCAAGGGAAACAGCACCAGCCCGGUUCUGCGCUCGCGUGAGGUCGUCUACUCCUGCGGCACCAACCACUCCGACAUGGAUGACGAAACAGAUUCACACGCUCACGCCUCUCCACCGGAAUCCUUGCACUCUGCCUCCGUCGCCUCCGAUGCUUCAUGUCACACUCAUAUCCACACUUACCUCUCGCAGCGGGGCCCACCGAAUCCGGCUGAUUACGCUGUUCUCCGCCGAUCCUCCAUCCGCACCCUCAGCUGUGAAUUGCUCCCCCGCGGUCUCUCCUCGGGUCCAAUCUGUUUCGGUGACUCGAUCGCCGGCUACACCAUCGCAUACAUUUUCCGACUUCCGGACCCCAUGGCCCGCGGCAAGCGUCGCAGUUACGCAUUGGUGGCACUGGCCGGCCGCGAUGCCGGAAGAGCAUUCCGCGCCUGCCCCAUCAUCUGGCGUGCCUUUGGUCGUAUCGCUGCGAGUAUCGUGAAUGCCGCCGAGCGCUUCCAAGAAGACGAGAAGACCCGUGAUGAACAAAAUAAUCCGGGCCGACAGCCCGGCCGCCAAUACCCGCCCGUGUCAUCCUUCCUCACUGGCCGCGGCAUGGACCCGGCUGGCCGGCGCGCAGCGGGCCAGAUCCGUGCGCGCAACUUAGCCGAAAUCGUCGGCAAUGAAUACAUCUUCACCGAGCUGCAUGCGCAUUUCGUGGCCUUGCUCCAGCAACUGGGCUCGAUGUUUGGAGGUAUCCCUCUAAACGAGGAACGCUUUGUCUGCAGCACGGUUGGUGAUGAAGAAAACACUACCGCUCAGCCGGUCUUGGUCUCCAAGACUCGGCCUCCAAAGGACGACCAGAAAUUUGACGCUGACGACAUUGACAUGUCCAACCUCGAAAUUUCCACUGCACCAAAGGCGAUCCCCAUUGCACCUCGUCGGCCUGUCAUGGCAUGA